GAUUUCCAGAAAGAUUAGUGUCUGCAACUCUGCAAUGGAAGAACAGGACAGUCGCCACAGAACUGUUUGUGUUACAGGUGGUGCAGGUUAUAUUGGUUCUUCUCUGGUCAAGAAGCUCUUAGAGAAAGGCCACACCGUCCAUGCAACUCUCAGGAAUUUGGACGACCAUUCAAAAGUAGGACUUCUCAAGAACUUCCCUGAAGCAAAUACCAAAUUACGGCUGUUCAAGGCUGAUAUCUAUAACCCAGAUGAGUUCAAUCUCGCCAUCCAGGGCUGCGAUUUCGUGUUCCAUGUGGCCACUCCCUUUCAAAACAGCACCCAGAGCUCUCAAUACAAAGACACAACUAAAGCAGCCGUAGCAUCAGUGGAGAGCAUAGUGAAGACCUGUUUAAGAUCAGGAACAGUGAAGAGACUCAUAUAUACUGCCAGUGUGAUGGCUGCAUCACCAUGGAAAGAAGAUGGUUCUGGUUUCAAAGACUCCAUGGAUGAGUCUUGUUGGACACCUCUUGAUCUCCCAAAUAAUUAUUACCGUUCCAACUUUCUGAAGGAUUAUACAUUUUCGAAAACAAUAGCAGAGAAAAAGUUACUGAACUAUGAAUGUAAAGAGAAUAAACUGGAAUUGGUGAGCUUGGCUUGUGGCCUUGUGGGAGGAGAUACUGUUCUAUCUUACAUACCUGCAAGCUUGGGAUGCCUUAUGUCCCAACCUUUGAAUGAUCCAAACAGUUAUCAAAGCCUAGAAUUUUUACAAGAGUUGUUGGGUAAAGUUCCAAUUGUGCACAUCGACGACGUAUGCGAAGCCCAUAUCUUCUGUAUGGAUCAAUGGUCAUUGCAGGGCAGAUUUUUGUGUGCAAGUGACUUCAUAACUACAAAGGAGGUUGCAGAUUAUUUUUGUCGAUAUCAUCCGGAUAUUUGCAUUGCAGACGAGUUUCUUGGACGGCAUGGUAGUACUGUGCGUUGGGGUUCAACGAAGCUGAAUGAUGUGGGAUUCAAGCAUAGCUAUGAUGCUAAGUUGAUUUUUGAGGACAGCUUUCAAUGUUUGAGGAAGAUGGGUGCUUUUGAAUAAGUAAUUAACAAA